UACCGUCGGGAUAAAGAGGGAAGCACAGCACCAUGGAAAAGAGAGGAGCCACUGAAGCCUGGGGAAAAGGUGAUGUUCUACAUUCCACAAAUGACAGAGCAUGAUGCUGGGAUAUUUCGUUGUUACUGUUAUAGCCCUGGUGGCUGGUCAGAGCCCAGUGACCCCCUGGAGCUGGUGGUGCUGUCAGGAUCCUACAGCAAACCCAGCCUCACAGCCCUGCCCAGCCGUGUCGUGACCUCAGGAGGGAACGUGACCCUCCGGUGUGGCUCAUGGCAGGGAUUUGGCAGGUUCAUUCUGACUAAGGAAGGAGAUCACAGGCUCUCCUGGGCCCUGGACUCACCACACUCCAGUGGGCAGUCCAAAGCCCUGUUCUCUGUGGGCCCCGUGACCGCCAGCGACAGGUGGACAUUCAGAUGCUAUGGCUGUUCCAGGAACAGCCCCCAGGUGUGCUCACCAUUUAGUGACCCCCUGGAACUCCUGGUCCCAGGUGAGUCUGGGAAGCCCUCCCUCCUGAGCCAGCAGGGACCCAUUGUGGCCUCUGGACAGAGCCUGACCCUCCAGUGUCGCUCUGAUGUCGGCUAUGACAGAUUCGCUCUGCACAAGGAGGGGGGACAGGUCCUCCCCCAGAGCCUUGUCCUGCAGCCCCAGGCUGGGCUCUCUCAGGCCCACUUCCCCCUGGACACUGUGAGCAGCUCAGACGGGGGCCGGUACAGAUGCUACGGUGGAUACAACCUCUCCUCUGAGUGGUCGGCCCCCAGUGACCCCUUGGACAUCCUGGUGGCAGGAUGGCUGCGUGAAAGACCUUCCCUCUUGGUGCAUCCAGGCCCCAGGGUGUCCUCAGGAGAGAACGUGACCCUGCUGUGUCAGUCACGGAGCCUGACGGACACGUUCAUUCUGUCCAAGGAGGGGGCAGCAGAUCACCCCUUGCGUUUGAAAUCAAAGCACCGAGCUCAGUACCAGGCGGAGUUCUCUAUGAGCCCUGUGACCUCAGCCCAUGGGGGCACCUACAGGUGCUACAGAUCACACAGCUCCUCCCCCUUCCUGCUGUCACCCCCCAGUGAGCCCCUUGAGCUCCUGGUCUCAGGUCCCAAAUGGAACCUGAACAUCCUGAUAGGGGUCUCGGUGGCCCUUUUCCUGCUGCUCUCGCUCCUCCUCUUCCUCCUCCUCCUACGACACCGACGUCAGCACAAAGGCAGGAAGUUAGGUGAGUAGGGGACGGGGUGACCUGGGUCACAUGAGGGAGCGGGCCUCAGAGCACCUGCCACAGGAAACCAAAUAGAUGGAGAAAGUCAACAGAGAAAAGGAUUUCUCCAGAAUCUCAAAUCAGAAAACCUAGAAAGAAUACACUUAAUGUCAGCCCACAUGUAUGUAUUUAAGGUAAUCUUUCAUCACCUU